UGCCAUCUCUCCCUAAUUAGUGCCGAUGCUUUUCCCCGUGCAUUGGACUAUACUCAUAAAAGUUUUGAGAUACCCUUAUCUUCUACUAACCGUAUUUUAUUCAUUUUAGAGGUGUCAACUGCUAGUCGUAGAACUUUGGUGUGUUAUUCGGUCACAGCGGCCUGCUCCCUGCCUACUCGGACACGUUGCUCAAUGCAAUGCUGUCAGUUUCUGGGUUGAAAGUCACGAUCGACGUGGACAUGUCAGAUGAUCGAGACGUGGAUAAUUCGGUAGCAGUAAAGGAGCAGAAUAUUUACUGCUCUUGCCAGGUACCUAACCGUCCUGUUUCAUCUUCUUCCGCUUCAGGCAAUGUUGUUUUCUCGAGUCCGAAUACCGUUUUGCGUAUUAUUUGUGAUUUCGCUGAACCGUUUGACCGGCGCGUCGCUCUUGCCGCGGCUGCCGCGUUGGCUGCGUUACUUGAAAAAGAAGAUGAAGAUGACCUGGAUUCUCGAUCCCACCGAAUCGGAUUGCCUUCGACUGAUAGAGAUAAGUCCAUUGCUGAUCAGACAGAAUCCGAUGCGCAUAACGCUGCCACAGACUCAGACCCUCCGUCGCUGCAAGUCUCUUCGGAAACAUUAGAUUCGAUCGAGGCGUUUUCCCAAUACCUUCCACCUUCUGGGCGUUGGUUCAAAGCACUUUCUGUCCCGUCCAAAACGGUUUCUCUUUUCCUGCGAUUCGCCCACACGAGUCGUACUGAAAUCUGGCUACGUCACAUCUACCACAUUUCACCUACCAGGUUUUUUACCAGUUCUCUCAGUAAAUCUAUCCUGCUUGUUGAUCCUGCAGCUGAUGUCAAAUUGCCGGGUGCCGAACGUCGCAGCUUGUACUAUCGCCGAUAUGGCAAUCCAAACUACGGAGGGAUGACUGGCAUACUGAGUCGAUCCUACCGUCGCCGAUUACAGGGGCCGAAGAAAAAAGCGGACUCUUUAGACAUGGACAGUUGUUCUCAUGACGCUCGUCUUCUCACCCGCGAUCUGGUUGAAGAGAUCACGAAAGCGUACGAAAACCCGGAUGCCGUCGGUGGGAUCGCAAUGCCGGUCAAAAAGGUCAAAAAACUACGUGCAGCGUUCAUGAAUCCAGACGCGGACGGUCCGGCACCCGAUCGACAGUUGGUUGUCUACGAUAACGUGUAUGAUGUCGAUGAGGAGGAGCCACAUGUCGUGGUUGGUAUUUCCGACGAGCUCCGAGCGCGAAUCGGCACCCGGAGAGAGGCUGUUGACUUUCCAACCCCCAAAUCUCCAAAACAACCUCGAAAGUGGCCAAGAAGAGAUCGCGGACCAGCCCCAAACCGAUGGUUAACAGAUGAUUAUGCAUUCAGCCCACCAUCCUUGGAAAAUAUCAAUGUGGUUGACCUUCGAGAGCCAUGGAUGAGGGAGGAAGACUUGCGUCCACCCCACAGACCGUUUGUAUUCUCUGGAAAGCAGAAAGACCGCCGCGUUCGUCAAGAUGAACUGAACGGAACAACAACCAUCACUUUGAUGCCUGAUGUCGAACCACCGCUGAGCCCUGGUAUUCUGCAAGAAGACGAUAAUUCUCACACGGCACGGCGGUUGUUGACGUCAAUGAGCAUGGUCGCUGAUAUGGAGGAGAAGAGUUCUAAAAGUCGACCAGUUACCAGCCGCCUUGGGUAUCGAAAGAACCAACCUCCACGACACCGAACUCGUGAUGUGUGGCAACGCCUCGGCUAACACUGUCCUUCCAUGAGAGCUCCAAUUUCACUCGCCUUCCAUCCUCCCCGAACUACUUUGAAUGCCUGUUAUUUUCGGGAGAACUUUUCCCCCCGUUGUCAACCCAGGAUGUACAUAUGCUAUGGUUUCAGUUUAAUCAUUGCCAACAUGUGGUCUUUCCAUCGCCUUGCUUGGCGUUUGUUUCUUUUUUCGCUGCAAUUCGUUUACCCUGACACCGUCCGCGAUAUUGUUCAAUGUGGCAAUCAAUACACUCUUUGGCUGAUACCGU